UGAACCCACUCAGCUGAUGGGUGGUUCCGGGGAAGCACACGUGGCUUCCCUGUCUCAGCCUCCCGUGGUCUUCCCUCAGUGACUCACGCAAACGUGACUCAUCUUGGGGAAGGACAUUCGUGUGGCCUGAGGCAGAGGCCUCAGUGGACAGGCUGGGGAAGGCACCGUGAUGCCCUCAGCCCCUUCCCACGAGGAGGCCACCAGUCCGGCCUGCAAGAGGCCCCACAAAGGGCCUGUGGGCACACCUCCUGCUGGCCGUGCCUCAUCUGCCCUCUGGGAUGGGGGCCCAGCCCUCCUGCAAGGUCCUGCUGUGUCCAUGGUGCAAGGAGGAGGGGCACACAGACCCUGUCACAGUCCCCGUGCCGCUGGGCACUCUGGAGGAGAUGCAUUGUGAGGAACACGGGGAGAAGGUAUGCUUCUUCUGCGGACAUGAUGCUCAGCUCCUGUGCACGCGCUGUCGAGAGGGCCCCUCCCACCACACCCACGCCGUGGGCUUCCUGGACGGGGCCUGCCAGCCCAACCAGUCUUGCAGGAACUUCAACUCCAGCCUCAGAGGCCCCUCGGUGAUGGAUGCCAAGAACUAUCUCUCUCACCAUCCAGUCACCAGGUCUGCAAGCGAUUUCUCAGAGGCACCUCUUGGGUCUUUAACUCGGCCUCAUCCCCACAACCGCCACCAAAUCCAGGCCCUCAGCGCUUCACCCAGAUAUUGGACGGCCUCGGACGUGCUCCCUGCCUCCACUCUCUCUGUCUCCGAUCACCCUCCAACCCUCCACGAGGACGGUGUCAGGACUCAGUUGGAAGCCCUGAGGGUGGAGGGAGAAGAGAUUGAGGAUAUAAAGAGUCAGGAAGACCAGAAGUUCCAAAUGCUUCUGACUCACAUCGAAAUCAGGAAGCAGCAGGUAGAAGCCGUGUUUGAGAAGUUGCAGCAGGAGCUGAGGGAACAGCGGGGCCUCCUGCUGGCCAGGCUGAGGGGGCUGGAGGUGCAGGUCUGCGAGGAGCGAGAAGACUACAUCUCCAAGUUCUCUGAGGAGGUUGCCAGGCACAGAGCCGAGGCCAAGGAGCUGGAGAACUGCCAGCAGCUGGCAAGUGUCCUGCUACAUGUGGGGGGCUCUCCACAACCUGCCUCGUGGGAUGGGAGAGGGAUUGCUCAUGCAGGGACAGCAGCUGAGGUUGGGAGAUGCUGCAGAGGGGCAGGAGAGGGGAGCAGAGGUCUUCUGCUAGGAGGGACUGGUAGCUGUCGGGUUUCUUCAGCCCAGAGACGCUACAGAGGGGCAGACCCCGAAAGGCUGGAUGACUUGACUCCACACUGUGGUCGUGUCAAAGACUCUGGAAUCAGCCGUUCUUGGGUUUGAGGGCAGGCUCUUCCAGCCGUGUGGCCUCAGCGAGCCUUGUGCCCGCCUAAACAUGGGGAUAACAGUAGCACCUCCUUCCUAGAGCUCCUGCAAAGACGAUAAACAAUCCGUGCCAAAUGCCUCACAUGGUCCUGGUUCACAGAGAGAACUCCAUAGUGGCGUCUGUUUCGAUGGUCCUCACGUUACCCUGCGUCACAUCAGGUUCGGCUGGUAACUCAAGGCCUGGACCCUGUUCUCCACCAUCUCUCAAUCACUGGAGGCAGAACACACUCCCAAGAUGAGGCUAAGACAAAGAAGUGAG